GGGGGACGCUGGCAACGGUCUUUUGAGCGCUCAAAACUUGUGACCACGGAUUUAAUAGCGAUGGACACCCCCAAGAGGACUCCGCUGCGCAAUAAGCACCUUGAGAAUGUGUUUGGCAAUAUUCUGGGCACUCCACUGAAGAUUCCGCCGUCGCCACAGCUGCAGAAGCUGGGAUUUGGCACAGGAAUUGAGGUCUGUCGCGUGAACAGGACACCGAGCAAGGAUGUGGUGAAGUCUCCGUGGGCGGUGAAGCGCCUCAAUCGCUUCGCACUGGAUGGGGACAUGCAGAAUAGCGAGGUGUACUCGGAGAGGCUGGAGAAGGAGGCAAUGCUCCUCCGGAAGCUGAACCAUGGCAAUAUUGUGGGCUUCAGGGCGUACAAGAAGGGUCCGGAUGGACGGAAUAUUCUGGCUCUGGAGAUCUGCGAUUCAUCCCUGGCUGACAUUCUGGAGAAGCGUCUGGAGGAGGACAUGGGACCACUGGAAGUGCCUAAGAUCGCGAGAUUCUGUCUGGACAUUGCGGCGGCGCUUGAGUAUUUGCACAAGGAGAUGGAGAUCCUCCAUGGGGACAUCAAGUCGGGCAAUGUGCUGGUCAAGGGAGACUUUGAGGUCUGCAAACUCUGUGAUUUCGGAGUGUCUCUGAAGAUUGACAAGUCUGGCCACAUUGAUCCGGACGAUAAGUACGUGGGGACGGAUUUGUGGGCAGCUCCUGAAGUCAUUGACGACAUGACGUCGCUGAUUGGCAGCGGAAGCGACAUCUUCAGCUACGGUCUGGUCAUUUAUGAGACCUUUGUCCUGAUGCCGCCGCACUUCUUCGGUCUGGACGAUGAAGACAGCAUGACUGAACUGGACAUGAGAGUGGGCACGAGACCUCCGCUCCCGGAAACACUGGAGCUCUCCAAUGACUACAAUCUCUACGUGGGUCUCUUCUACGCCUGCACAAAGGAUCUGCCUGAAGAUCGACCCUCGGCAGAAGCCAUCCAGAAAAUGCUUAAAUAAUCCAACAUAAAUGCACAAUAAACGAUUUUAUUCUCAUUU